GUCAGGCGAGAGACUUCGCGCCAAGUCUCGCCGUAGCGCUGCGAGCAGUAGCGAGCAGCGGUCUCUUCUGACAACUGUAUCGGCGAAUACAGUCUCUUAUCGGCGACGGCACGGAGCGACGGGUGUCGGUGCGCGUUCCUACUUUCGGAAUGGACAAGAGCCCGCAUCUGGAGUGGCCCUAUAGAUAGCUGAUCGAGGUGAGAACGAGCCCGCGAAGCCACCUCACAUCUAUACCGGGUUUAGCAAGCGUGUGCAGCAUUGCAAGCAUAUGAGGGCGUGUCCCACGUGGUGUGUCACGGUGAAGUACUUCUACUGCGAAGCUGUAUGUGGCUCAGAUCCGGGCUUUCGUGGCGUCUGCGAGCACAAAUUAUCACCAGCGAUGGCUCGAGCGUCGUCGUCUUCCACAGCUGCCUCCGCCGUCACGAUGACCACAGAUCAGGACAAUACCUUAUCGUGCCUCGAGUGUCGUACGGAGGAGGUUUGCAAAGGAUCGCUCUGUGACGUCAGAACGCGGCCUUCAGCACCCGCGCGAUGAGCGAAAAGGCUUCGCGACCACGGACGCCGGCCUCGGCUGCCCUGGCUUCGGAGUUGGCCAGCGUGUUCGAGUGUCCCGUGUGCCUCGAUCCCGUCAUGCCGCCCAUCGCUCAAUGCAUGAACGGUCACCUGCUGUGCUUCCCGUGUCGCAACAAGAUCACCAAGUGUCCUCUGUGCAGGGGGCAGAUCAGCAGCGUCCGAGCGUGGGCCAUGGAGAAAGUGGCCGACAAGCUUCCCUACCCGUGCAAGUACUCGGAUCAUGGCUGCACCGCAGAGCCAAUCCUGCUAGAGAAACAGGAUCACGAGGAGACGUGCGAUUACAGGCCCUGUCCCUGCUUAUUCACCGCGAAGGACUGCAAGUGGACUGGCACUGCGAAACAUAUGAUGCCGCACAUCCGUGAAGCCCACCCGAACUUGUCCAUAGUCCGUGGCGAGAAGGCGGAGUUCGUCGUCCACGAUGGACAGAUACCGUCGAGCUACGAGCGGAGGACGGUUCAGUCGUGCUUCGGGCAGCAUUUCGUGACCGUCCUCGCGAUGCAAGACGUCGGCGGUUUCAAGCCGCUCCACGCGCUGGUGCUGAUCUUGAACACGCCGCAGGAGGCCCGGAACUUCACCUACCAGCUGGAGGCGAGGGAAGGCGACCGCACCCUCACGUGGUCGUCCAGGCCCACUUCCGUCCUGGAAGGUGUCGAGGCGGCCAUGGCGCGAGGAGACUGCCUCGCCUUCGACGCGCGCAACUUCGCCGUCAAGCUGACCGUCGAAGUCACCGUCAAGCGUCGUCACUCGUCGGCCGGAAAUCGAGAAGAGGACGGCGACGCCAGGGACAGCUACUUUCGGAUGUUCGGUCCCCCGGGAAAGGGGUCCGGUGACGUCCGGGACGGAGAACGCAAGCCAACCGCCGAUAAUAAAGCAGACGAUGACGGCGACGACUUGCGGGACAGCUAUUUUAGGAUGUUCAAGCCUCGGGCCAACCAGUAUCCCUGACACGGGCGCGAAAUUUGAGCCCGUGCCAAUGUUAUACGUGCUCAAUAACCAGAGUUUUCGAGCGAACAAUUUCUUUGACUGCUAUUUUUACGCUCACCUCCCGACUUCUGCUCGAGCGGAAUCUGGGUUCUGCCAGUAGGUCGAUCAUUAAUGAACUGAAUGUGACCCCUGA